UGGGAGCGUUCUAGUUGCGUCGCGUCGCAGUGUAGAUGGGCUGUGACGUGCCCUGCAGGUUCAAACUCUGGCCGAGCAGGAAGAAGGAGUUGUGAUUGUUAGAGUUUUUUUUUUUACAGCUCUAUUGACGCCUAUAGUUUAAUUUUUAAAUAUUGGGUGAAUUAAAUAACAUCUAAAUUUGUCAAAGCGAAAGGAUCCGACGCAAAAAUGUCUGUUGCCGGACUGAAGAAACAGUUUUAUAAAGCGAGUCAGAUGGUGAGUGAGAAGGUGGGAGGAGCAGAAGGAACCAAACUGGAUGAGGACUUCAAAGACUUGGAGAGGAAGGCUGACAUCACCAGUAAAGCCAUAUCAGAUGUGCUCUGCAAAACUACUGAAUACCUGCAGCCCAACCCAGCAUCGAGAGCGAGGCUGACCAUGGUGAACACCAUGUCUAAGAUGCGUGGGCAGGUGAAGAGCCCAGGUUAUCCACAGGCAGAGGGACUUCUGGGAGAGUGUAUGCUUAAAUACGGCCGAGACUUGGGAGAGGACACCAACUUUGGUGGUGCUUUAGUGGAGAUGGGAGAGGCCAUGAAGAGACUGGCAGAAGUGAAAGACUCUCUAGACAUUGACGUCAAACAGAACUUCAUCGACCCUUUCCAAACUAUAAUCGACAAGGACCUGAAAGACAUACAGCAUCACCUGAAGAAACUAGAGGGCCGUCGACUGGAUUAUGACUACAAGAAGAAGCGUCAGGGGAAGAUUGCGGAUGAGGAGCUCAGGAUGGCGGUGGAGAAGUUCGAAGAGUCCAAAGAUGCAGCCGAAACCAGCAUGCAGAACCUUCUGGAUACUGACGUGGAGCAGGUGAGUCAGCUCGCAGCUCUGGUCGAAUCUCAGCUGCAGUUUCACAGACAGUCUAUGGAGGUCCUGGAGGAGCUGGCAGAGAGGAUGAGAGAAAGAGUAAACAAGGCCCAGUCUCAGCCGCGCCAGAAACGGGUGCCUGUGUCCAGACCCAGUUCAGAUUACUCAGAGCCGGAAGACUCCAACGGAGGCUGGAGUCCACCAGCUGCGCCGCCCUCGUACUCAUCCGCAGCGGCCCCCGCCUUUAACAGGACAUCUUCACGCCAAAAACGUAAUUCAACAGAUCAGCCGUGCUGCAAGGCUUUGUACGACUUUGAACCAGAGAACGAAGGAGAGCUCGGCUUCUACGAGGGCGACGUCAUCACGCUGACCAAUCAGAUAGACGAGAACUGGUACGAGGGAAGCGUGCGCGGCCAGGCGGGAUUGUUCCCCUGUAACUACGUCGAGGUGCUGGUGCCCCUGCGGCACUGAUCACACAUACACACACUGAAAAGAGCAAGAGAAAGUCAAAGUGUCAGGUACAGACAGACAGGGAAAAGGGGAAAAUGUAUGACUUUUAUUUCACUAUGAGCACUUUGACCUCCUGAAAGAGAUACAGUAUGUGUCUGGUAUAUUAUUUGUUACUUAGGGUUGAAGUCCAGCUUUGUAGUUCAUCUUGGUAAAACACUACCAUUCCCUAAAGUACAAUAAACAUCAUUGAGAAGUAUGUCAAAGAUAAAUCCAUUUUGGGAGUGUUCAUUCUAGAGUCAAAUUAUUUUCAUAUCAGUUUCCUAUAAUGAUGUUACUUGCUUACAAAUGCUCUCGGCAGCAUCUUUACUGUAUAAGAAAUGUCUCUUGUUGGUAAUCACUGACCUCUAGUGGCCACAUAUCACGGCUCAGUUCUUUCUGACCGGCGAAAUGCUCAGUGUGUUUGAAUAGAACUUCUUUUACUUCAUAAUGCAUUUGUUAACGAUCAUAUUAACGAUUAACUGUCCCUUUCCCAUUGGCUUUAGUUGUACUGAGUUUCUUUCAUUUCUCUUAAAGGGAUAGUUCACCCAAAAAUGAAAAUUGUCAUCAUUUACUCACCCUCAAGUUUUUCCAAAUCUGUAUGAAUUUCUUUGUUCUGAUGAACACAAAAAGUUAUUUUGAAGAUUGGGGUUCAACAGUCGAUGAACCCCACUGACUUCCAUAGUAUGGAGAGAAAAAAAAAGACUAUGGAAGUCAAGAGUGCCCUAAAACUGUUCAUACAGGUUUGGAACAACUUGAGGGUGAGUAAAUGAUGACAGAAUUUUCAUUUUUGGCUGAACUAUCCCUUUAAAUGUUGUGUUGAGCUGUGCAUUAAUAAUUUGGUCAGCAUUGAGUUUAAUGUUAUGUUCAUGAUUAAAAAAAAAAAGGGAGGUCAUUAAUAAAUUCAGAAAAACAAAACGGUGUCUUUGCAUGAGCAUUAACAAGGAUAUGUUCACCUAAAAAUAGAAAUUUUCAAUUUCUUACCCUCAUGUUGUUCCAAACACAUUCAGUUUCAUUAUGUUGAGAAUGACACGAGGGUGAGUAAAUAAUGACAGAGCUAUUCCUUUACAUCCUCACUUCCUGCUUGCAAAUUCUAUUUUUAAAUGAGUAUGUCAAUGAGGUAAAUCCAGCUGUUUGAUGAACCCGAAGUACCAGUUUGUGCUCAUGUAGACAUCAGACAAUCAUUUUUGCUUUUCUUUCUUUUCCCCGCAUGAUUUCACCUGUUGCUCUUUUUUUUUUUUUUAUGGAAAAAGGAACCUUUACAAAUCCACUUCCUCACUGUACUCGUGAACUGUUGCGUCAUUGAUCUCUGUAGUGAGAGACAUACAACUAAAGCCUCAUAGCAUUACUGAUGUGGUUUAUAAAAUACCUCUGAUUACAGACAUUACAGUUCCACUGGGAUGUUGGGUUCUUGAAAAGGGAAAUUAAGUGCAUGAAGCGCUUUUUGUGAUUCUGUUUUUAAGCCCAGAUUGUUUGUCUUUUGGGUUUAUAUGGCUUUAAACUAUUUCCCUUCCUCAAAGAGGGAAUUCAGAAGUUCCCUUUAACCACUGACCCUGGUUCAGUUUCUGUCUCUCAGGGAAAGUUAAGUUUGCUUUAGUCCUACUGUACAGCUAAACUCAUUGGGACUAUGAUUCAUAUUAUUCAACAUUGGCAGAGCAAAUUUCCAUGUAAAAACAUUCUUGCUUAAAGUGUUGACGUAAGAAUGAAUUUAUAAACAGUUAAUGCAAAUUCGUUCUGCUAGUGAGUGUUAUUGUCGCCGUGGAUAAACUGUACCAAGCGAAUGUUUACAUAUGUAUUUAAAGUUAUUGUCGAUUUUGUGUUAGUCUUUUCAUUACAAUAAUGAUAUUAUUAAACCGUUUGUAGAAUAAUUUGAUUUUGAAGAUAGUCUAUAAUCACUGCAAAUGUCAAGUUGUAGCUAGACAACAAAAUUGAACAGCGACAGAGCCCCUAAAUGGGACAUGAUGGAAAAAAAAAUAUAUAUAUAUAUAUAUAUUUUUAAAGCUUUUGCAUUCUCCCUAGAAACUUUGCAUUCCCCCAGGAAACUGCUUUCAGCUGCAAAACCUUUGCAUUCCCCCAAGAAACUUUGCGUUCACUCACAAAGAACUCAAAUAUUUUGCAAGCGAACGCAAAGUUUCUCCGAGAAACACAAAACAUUUGCGAGAGAAUGCAAAAGAAUUGACGUUUAAUUGUCCCAUCUUGUAUAGUUUUCCAUCACCAUGUCCUUUUAGGGUCUCCGUAGAACAUAUGCAAUUAAAUACUGCCACUUUAUUAAAGGGCAUUCUUAGGAUUACAGUGAUGCUCAGUAUAGUUUUAGAUUGUAUCUUUGAACAACAUGCCAAAUAGAGAGACUGGACCAGUUUAGAUUAUCUAGCAUUUUUUUAGGGUAUAUUCAUAUUGAUCAUAUUUUAGAUUUCUUUUUUGCCACAAACCGUUACUGGCAUCUUGACGAGAGGGACUGUAAACUGGACUCUGUGUCCAUUGAAAACUGGGAUCAGGCUGCAAUCUGUUCAGAGUUACUGUAGUAAAAGUAGUAAAUCAGAACUGAUGCAGAGCAUAUUGUUCAAUGUUGUGCAUCAUAAUAGAUCAACGCAUGUAAGGUACUCUGGAGUGAACGUACCACCCUGUGUUCACAAAGAAAUAGAAGGCAAAAAAUGACCCAAAAUGAUUUCAGCAGCUAAAGAUCCUGCCAGCACCUCUUUCUCUUUUACUUGUGUGAUUACAUUAGCAUUAGUCAGCAGAUCUGAUUUCAUGCGAGUCAGUUAACCCUGAAAGAAACCAGUGUGACCAGCUUUUGUAAAGUACCGUAAAAACGCAUUACUGCUUGCAUCAUUGUGAUUCGGGUGAGGGAUUCUAGUCCUAGAUCACAUUUGUAUCAGGUUCAGGUCUUGCUCUGAGUUAACUUGCAUGUUUCUCAAUGCUGCUUCCUACUGUAAUACGCUCAGCAUAUUACAUGCUUUCUGAUGUUGCUCACACUACAUUUAAAAGUAAUAUUUUAUUAUGGGUAGAUUAUAUUAUAUGUAAUGGAAAACCUUGCUUGUGCCUUUUAUUGUCUCUGGUAAACAUUGUUAGGCCUCAAGUUUUACGACAGUCAUGUGUUUUAGAACGUGUUUCAGAAAGAAUGCUUCUUUGAAUCAGUAUUUCCUGUGUAAUCCGUUUGUGAUUUAUGUUUUGUUAUAAAAAUGUGCAGGGAACAUUGUAUAUAUUUUCAUUUUAAAUAAAAUUUAAAACUAUA